AUGUCGCGCUUUGCUAAGUUUGCGACUGGCCUGCGAGAGUUCGGGAACGAUAUCAAUGUCAACAUAUCCAAGGCACUCAACAUCUCAAAGGUGUCCGAGGACCCCAACAGCAUCCUGCUGGAAGAAGCGAGGGCUGGCAGAGUGGAUGGCCUCAAGGCAUGCUUGGACGACUUCGCGUCCAGGACGGACGUCAACGGCGGCGCUGCUCCUGCUGCACCGGGCUGA